AUGGAAGGGGACCCCCCUGAGGUGUCAAAAAAUUGCAAAGUAUUGAGUGAGGAUGAUAAGAAUAAGUACUUGCUACAAUAUCUCCUUUUACAUCGAGGAUCUUGCGAAGAGUAUCAGCUUUUAGAGGCGCUGAAAACGUUAGAUGAUUCCAAUGAUUCUGGAGUGGAAAGCUGGGAAGUGAACCUCAAAAAUCGGAUAACGAAUAUUAACAUUAGUUUGAGACGGUUAGACUACAAAGUCAUCAGACAAAUGGGCCGUCUUGGGGCUUGGAGUUACGUAUACGUGGAUUUAGCUCCAGGUGACGAUACGAAACUUGCUACUGCUUUCAAACCAGAUGAUCUCAAGUUCGUGCAAUGGGCCAUUAACAAGUUUUUGGGCGAAGAUACUGAACCACAGGUAGUACGAGGUGUGAAAUCCAAGGUGGAGAACGCUGUGGAUCAAGUUUUAAGCGAAAGGUUUGGAGAGUCUCAUUUUGCAGGUUUGAAUAAAAGGGUAUUCUAUACGUGCGGCUCGUCUGAGCUCUGCCAAUGCGAGAUAAUAAAUGCCCUGCAAGCUGAAAAAGUCCUUUCAAGACUAUGUCAAUUGCGGUGGUUUUACGAGUCAAGCCAGGGGCGUUUUGGUCUCGACGUUAGAGCAUUGGCGGAGCUUCAGGAAUAUAUAAAGGGCCGGUUCGAUAUUCCAAAUUGCGUUGUCUGCAAUGAUCUAACAUUGGAAGGAGCUAUGUGCCAGUGCAGCGAGAGUGCGUGGCAUGUUACUUGCUUACGACAUUUUCUAACUCACGUAGGGGAUACGUGCCAGAAUUGUGGGGGAAGCAUGAAGGAUGCGAUAUACAUGGCAUAA